UUCAUAUGCUUCUUCCUUUACCUUUCACCCUUCUUCGAAUCUCUCACAAGAAAACAAAACACCCAUUUCUCUUUAACUCCAUCCCACGAAGCUCUCAAUCUUUUGUAUGGAGACUGAAGAAAAGCCCUGGAGUGUUAUGGGCGAAGAGGGAGGAGAAAGGAGGUUGAAGAAGAGGAAAAGGAAUGAAGAAAAUGACCCAGAAGAUCAGAAACAAGAACAAGGAAAUGAAGAAGAAGAGGUUGUCGCAAGGGACCCACUGGACGUUUUUGGAAGGGACAUAAUGGUGAUGAUACUAAGCAACCUUGACGCACGCAGCGUGGCACUAUCUCUCCUAGUUUCACGUGCUUGGCACGGUGUUGCUUCCAGUGAUAGGCUCUGGAGCUCCAAGUGUGAGGAAUUGUGGCAUGGGAAGGCACACAUACCUCGUGCAUCCCAAGCCCGGGGACUAUCCAAGCUUGCUGCUUAUUCAAUAUCUGUCAUGGACGGCAAACGCACUCGUAUCAUGAAGGAUGAUCUGUGUGAUCAUGUAUGGGAGUUUCAUUUUAACAAGGCUGCUCCAGAGUAUUGGCGAAAUCUUGAUCCCUAUUGGAAGGGCACCGGUCCUCUCAUGCGCCGCUACUUCCACCCAGAUGGGAGUCAAACUGCAGAUCCUGGUGACAAGGUCUGGGGUGGACAUGAAUGCUGUUAUUCUGUAGUAACUAGUGUUGUUGGUGAAGGAAAGAUCAGGGUGCAUUAUGUUAGGAUAAACAGAUGGCCCCGAAUGUUUGUUUCUAGAAAUCAGGACUGGAGCUGGGAAAUGUCUAAUUGCCUCUACUGCUACACCAGUGUUCCGGAUGCUGACAAGAAAGGUGGGACAGGGCCUUUACGUUCACCUUGUGUAAAUAUCUCUCCUCAAACAUUUGGUAGGUGAUUUAGGGUGAACUGGAUCUAUCUUCUUUUUUGCUUGUAAAGGUGCUGUAUGUAGCAGUAUGUAUGAUACUUAGUUAUGGUUGCUGCUUAUGGUAUUUGCUUUUUUGUUUAUACGUAUGCUAGACAUAGAAUUAGUAACAUCAUUAGGGUUGUUAUAGUCUAUACUUGUGUUUUCUACUCUGAUUCUCAUGUACAUAUUGACUACAAUAUAGGCAGUUUUUCCAGUAAUUCUCAUCUUUA